UUGGGUUGGGUGUGUCUUUUGGUGGAGGAAUGCUUGUCACCUACUCCUUUUAAGUUCUCAAAUCUCUCAAUAUGCUUCUUAUAGCUUUUCAGAGAGAGGUUUGAUCUUUGCUUGCUCUCUGCUUCAAUGGAGAGGCACAAAUGCAAGCUCUGCACUAGGACUUUCGCUAAUGGCAGAGCUUUGGGUGGUCAUAUGAAGGCCCACUUAGCCACCCUACCUCUUCCUCCAAAGACCACGAUAACGACUCAGCAGCAGCAACUCGGGGAACGUACUGAGUCUGCUUCAUCCUCAUAUUCUUCCCCUGGUGAAGAACAGGAACAAGAAAUCAAGAACAGAGAAGUUGAAGAGAAGGCUUUGGUUUAUGGGUUAAGAGAGAAUCCCAAGAAGAGUUUCAGGUUCGCAGAUCCUGAGUUUUCUUUUGCUGUUGAUGCUGGGUCUGUUGUUCAAGAUAGAGAAAGCGAGACGGAGUCCAGAAAUCCAACUCGUAGACGAUCCAAGAGGACAAGAAAAUCGGGUUUUGCAGAAAAUCAGAAGCAGAAUUUCGAUGUCAAGAAACUAAAGUUGAAGAAUCUAAGUUCGGUGGAGUCGCCGACGGAACCAGAACCGGUAAGCUCCGUGUCAGACACUUCCCCAGAAGAAGAUGUUGCUAUGUGUCUUAUGAUGCUAUCAAGAGAUGUCUGGAUGAGAAACAACGAAGAAGAAGAUCAGGAACAAGGUAAAGAUGGAGAAAGAUCAAUUGGGAUGAUGUUGGAAGAGGCGGAGGAGAUCAAAGUGAGCAAGAUUCGCGGGAAGUUGAGAUGUGAAAAAUGUAUGAAACUGUUUCGAUCUUCACAGGCAUUGGGAGCCCAUAAGAGGAUUUGCUCUCUAAAUGGAACAGAGCUAAGAAACAAUGAAGGUAACCAAAGAAUUUUCGAGUGUCCAUAUUGCUUCAAGGUGUUUGGUUCUGGACAAGCACUUGGCGGACACAAAAGAUCGCAUCUUAUAGGUACUUCAACUCCAAGUGCUGUUGAGAAUUCUGCUAAACUGGACAACAAUCUCAUAGAUCUUAACUUGCCAGCUCCGGCGGAAGAUGAUGACUUUAGUGUGGUCUCUGAUGCCUAAUUCAUGGCCACGUACUAUGAAGCUCUCUCAACUCUCAUUGUGAGAUCUAAGUCCAUUCCAUAUAAUUAAUUUUUUCUUUUUGUUUUGUGCAACUAGAUCAACAAGUGGGUUAUCUGUAGCUAUAGAUCAUAUUUUACUGUUUAUCCUUAUUGCAUAGUUCAAUGCUUUCUUCUU